UCCAACAAAUCCCACGCGUUCAAUUUUAAUUUUUAUUUUCUUUCUCUCUCCUCCAGAUCUACGUCUGUAUCUUUCUCUCUCCUCCAUUUUUUCCAUAUUUUUCUCUCUGCCUUUCCCAAAAAAACAAAAAAAUUAAAUAAAAAUAUCAACUUCUUCCUCCAUUUUUGCGUUUCUUCGUCAUUCGUCGGUGAAAAAAAUCCCCAAAAAUUAGGGUUUGUUCAUCGUAAUCACUUCUGUUUUUGAUUAAUGCGAUUUCCUGCUUUAUUCUCGUAAAUCUCACUCCGAUCUACAUUAAUUCGUCGAAACUCGAAACUCUGCUGUUUUUGUGCUAUCGAACGAACGAUUUCAUUCAUUUUUUUGAAAAAAAUUGUUUGUGUUGAUUUUUGAGUAACUGAUGAAAUUCAGAAAUCAGAUGAAAAUUGGAGAAAUUUAGGCGAUUUGGAUCCGCCGAUAAGGUGGAGCCGUGGAGGUGAGUGAUGGACCUUUGUCGGAGGAGAGAGAAUGGAAAUGGAUUUAGCAAUGGCAAUGGAAAUGGAAAUGGAAAUGGCAAUGGUUUGAUUUAUGAUCGUUUUGGUUUUGAGGAGAGAGAAUGUGGUGAUGGACCAAUAAUUGAUGUUUGUUCAUCAAAAUUGUUUCCUGUUUCUUCAUCAUCAACAACUUCAUCAGCGCCAUCUUCAUCUUCAUCUUCUCCAUUGCGUUACAUCGAGCAUCAUGUCACCAAGAUGGAUACUCUUGCUGGUGUUGCCAUUAGAUACGGUGUUGAGGUUGCUGACAUCAAGAAGAUGAAUGGACUGGUGACGGAUCUUCAAAUGUUUGCCCUCAAGACGCUUCAUAUUCCACUCCCUGGAAGGCACCCUCCUUCUCCUAGCUUAUCAAAUGGUCAUGGAAUCACAGGACCUAGCAGCUCUGAGCGCUCUCCAUCCCGUCGUGUGCACACUGAUCUCCUUGACUCAUUUCAGUCUUUGAGAAUUACUCCAGAACGCAGUGUCUCACCUGCUAUGAGUUCUUUACGAGGCUAUUAUGGACUUAAUGAACUCAGAAGCGGUUCUGAAGGCUGUGAAAUGGCACUUUACAGCAAAGGAACUACAAAUUACGGUGAUGGGGAGGGAUAUUUUACACCAUCACUGAUGAACCCACCUCUUAGUCAACAUAGGAGGUCCAGAAGCAUGGCUAAUGGAUUUAAGACUGAGGAGGAUGAACUCGCUCAUGAAAUGCAUGAUGCUGCUAAAUGGAUUGAUAACCUUAACAAGAGGCGUCAGAAAUCAGAUGUUGAUUUCACUCGUACUCCUGAGAAAUUAUUGAAGGAAGAAAAUGGAAGUGGUGGUUGGUUUUCUGCAAUCACAGGGAAGGGCUUAGCUCUAAGAACAAAGGCAUCCAGUAGAACCAAUUUGACUUCUGAAUCUGAAGCCGUUGGAGUGAGUGGAUUCUUAUUCGGCUCAGGAGAAUCUAAUACAGCUGAAAAUUCAUCUGGAGUAAGGAAGUCCUCUAGCACACCAAGUUUUCAGGACCAAGAUGGCAAUAAUAGUUCAUCUAUAUGGUCAGCAGCCAAAUGGUCCUUAAAGCCAGAAUUACAGGCCGCCCUCAGUAAACCAAUUUUUGAUGGCCUGCCAAAACCAAUUACUGGUCGAAAAUCGAAAACAGCCCUUGACUAAAUGCUGCCCUAGUUCCUGAAGAUAGAGUGAACUAUGUUUUCAAGCUCUUUGUAUCUUUGGUCCAAAUGGAGAAAAAAAGUACUUGAAGUUGCUAAAACUUUUAUCUACAAGAGCAGGAAAAGAAGUGGAUAGGCCAAAUAUACGGGCCUUCGGUGGCAGUUGCACAGGUUGCAAGUCAAGUAUAUGAUUUUUUUUACAGUGACACCUUCAAAUAUACAGUAUGAUACAUAUGAAGCAUUUUUUUUGCCCGUCUCACCAGUAAUAUCCGUUCCGUCGACGUUGCUGCUACAAUGCAGAUCAAAGAGAUUUGUAUAUUUAAGUGAAUCCCCUUUUUAUCAGAAAUAAACAGGUCAAUAGUGUAUCAAAUUCUUAUUUAUUCCAUUGUAGAAGUGUUGUAUGAUUUAUUUCCUUAGGCAAAUUGUGAAAUCUUAGAUCAACUAGCAGCAGUUUAAAUGCAAAAGGCAGUUUGUUCUGUGUUUAGUCGUUUGUUGUCAUCUCAUGUUAGUCAAAGAGGUGUAAUUAGUGAGCCAAUUUCAAGGACUAUUUAUUGGUAUAGUACAAAUAAAUUAGGUACGAUUUGUUAUAAUAUAUUCUUUUUAUUUUUCUUGAA